UCCGGCUCCUGCUUGGGGCGGUGAAAUGUCUAGAGCCGCCCCUGCACUGGCGCCAUUACCCAGGAGUGUGUGUCUCCGGGGAAGGAAUGCUGUGACUUGUGCGCUUUGCUGGGAGCUGAGUGGCAGGAGAAGGGGAGCAGGCACCAGCUGAGGAGUAGAGGGAACCAGAGGCAUUUUUUUCCCCUGCCACGCGACACAGGACUGUGGGGUGAUCUGGUUUUAGGGAUGGUUGCCUGCAGCCCCGUUAGACCUUUACACAUGAAUUCUGCCUUUAUUAGAGGACAGGGCCAUGGGAGUGGUGGAUGUGAUGGGCUAUGUUUCUGUGUCAGGGACUCCACAAAAUAUUUAAACAAAUUAAAGCAAAACUGGGCCCAGUCAGGGAACUCUCAUGAGCCAAACUGAGAAAAGAGUCUGUCUGAGAUCCAUUAAUAUGGGGGACUUGUUUAGUCCCCCCCUGAGCUGCUCCCUCCCACAUUCCUGUUUCUGGCCUGGCUUCAGGCUCUGGCUGGGUUCUCCAAUAGCUGUUCUGUGUCACCUUUAAGAUCCGUAUUUCCCGUUUUCCUUUUGUGCAUUUUUUGGCUAACAGUCCUUUGUCUUGCAGCUUAAACAAGAUGAAACGGGGCUCAUCUUCCAGUGGUAGCAAUAGCCGGGCCUCCCUGCUGCCCAUUAGAGUUCAGGACACAAGUAGAGCUGGUCUAUAUACACCUCAAGCAACAGAACGAUCAAAGCUGAGCAUAUCUAAGUACACUGGUGGCUCUGAAGGAAAAAACAGCUUUUCUGUGAAAAGGACAAGUGAUUCUGGAGCGUCACGAAAUACUCCAUGGGGAUUUUUUACUGGCACAGAAAAGUUAAAGGAUCCCAGGCCACUUCAUGAUAAGACUUACAUUCAGCAGUGCAUCCGACAGCUCUGCGAGUUUCUUGUGGAGAAUGGCUAUGCCCAGAAUGUCUCUAUGAAAUCUCUCCAAACUCCAUCUACUAAGGACUUUUUCAGGAUUUUUGCUUUUAUAUAUGCUUUUUUGUGCCCUUCUUAUGAACUUCCUGAUUCUAAAAUUGAAGAGGAGAUCCCCAAAGUCUUAAAGAACUUGGGUAUGUAUCCCUUCCCAUUGCCCAAAAGCUCCAUGAACACCGUGGGUGUGCCACAUGUUUGGCCUCAGGUUGCCGCUGCACUAGUGUGGUUAAUAGACUGCAUCAAGAUCUACAGUGUCAUGAGAAGGAACUCAGAUGUGCUUGUCGAUGCUCAGUGCUGGUCAGGAGAGGGUGAAGAUGAAAUUGUAGUUAAUAAGCUACUUAUGGAAUACACUGAGAAGGGUUAUGAUCAUUUCAUGAAUGGAGGAGAUGCUUUUGAAGAGAUGGAUGCGGAACUGCAGGCAAAACUAAACAAAAUAUUUAAAGUAGACCAUUCCAAAGUGAAGACCUUAGAAGCAGAGAACAAAAGGUUGAAUGAAGAGAUUGCAAGGCUAGAGAGAGAGAGGGAAAGCGAGCCGGAUCGUCUAGAAACGCUGAGGAAGCUGAAAGCUUCGCUGCAAGCUGAUGUUGAAAAAUAUCAGGCUUACAUGACUACUCAUUCAGCUGUCCUGGAUCAGAAACUACAUAGCCUCACUGAGGCGUGUGAGGAAUCAGAAUUGGAAGUUGAAUUGAUGAAGCAGGAGAAUGCCCGGCUGCAGCACACUGUUGAUAAUCAGCUGUACACAGCUGUAGACAUCGAGAGAAUAAACCACGAGAAAGAUGAGCUUCAACAAACUAUCAACAAGCUUACCAAGGAGCUAGAGACAGAGCGGCAGCAGCUGUGGGCUGAGGAGCUAAAAUAUGCAAGAGGCAAAGAGUCAAUUGAAGCACAGCUGCAUGAUUAUCACAAACUGGCUCGGAAGCUGAAGCUAAUUCCAGCAGGUUUGGAAAAUUCCAGAGGCCACGAUUUUGAGAUUAAGUUUAACCCGGAGGAUGGACCCCAUUCUCUCACCAAAUACAGAAAGCAGAUCAACGUUCCGCUCAUGCAUAUAAUAGAUGAGACUGAAGAGGCAAUAAGGAAAGCUAGUAACAAGAAAAUCAUUUUAGAGGAUUCCUUAGAAAAGUUGAAUGUGAGGAUGGCAGAGAAGAAAAGCAACAUAAAACUGCUGAAAGAAGAAGCCCAAAAGCUGGAUGACCAUCACCAGCAGAAGCUCAAGGUGGCUGAAGAAGAGGAGGAAAAAAGUGCAGCUGAACUGCAAGCUCUAGAGAUGCAUAAAAACCUAAUUGAGGCUGGAGUCCAUGAGGGCCUCAAGGAAGCUAUGAAUGAGCUACAUGAAAUUCAGAAGAAGCACCAGAUUGCUGUGAGGACAACAAAUGAAGAGAAAAUGCAACUGCUUGAUAAGUUGUACCGUGUCCUGGAGAUGGUGGCUUUUCAUGUAGGAUCUGUAGAGAAAUACCUGGCUGAGCAUAAUGCAAAAGCUGAUACAGUGUUUGAAGAAUUUAUGUCUGAAGUUCUCUUGGACAACCUGAAACAAAUCCUAGCCAAAUAUUAAAAGUAAAGCUAAUGCUCUAUAACCCUUGCAUGGAGGACUUCACCUAUGCAUUUUUUUUUCUGUAGCACAAUUGUAAUGGCCAGUCCUGCAUUCCUUCCACUAGUAACUCCCAAGACAGUCAAUCCAAGGGUAGUUACGUAUGUACAAGGACUACAGGAUCUGGUCCACAGUGUGCUGUUUGAGAGUUGUUACUCCUAAGUAUGUAUUUAUUAAAUUCUUACAGAUGUAAACUGGGUGUGUAUUUAAAAAUAUCAAAGGUAUUUCAUAAAGAUUUUUGAUAGCAGUUGGUGUAGUGUAAUUUUUUUUUUAAGACCCUUGGGUUCUGC